UCAUUUUUAUUUUGUAUUUUCAUGGAUUGAAAUGGGAAGGUUUUCUUGUUCUUUCUUUGUGCAAUGUGCAGUUCUUGGAGUGUUGUGUUGUGGGUUUUAGUAAAUUUCCAUUCUUGACUGAUGAUUUUAAAGAUUUCUUUGAUUUUUUUUGGGGGUGUAGAGAAGUUCUUGAAACUAGCUUUUCUUGAUUUGCUUUUGGUUUAUUUGUGAGAAUGUACAUUUUUGUUUUGAUUCUGCUCAGUUUGUCUCUGAUUUUUGUGUUUUUGUUAAUAAAUGGUUAGUGAUAAAAUUUGAUGAAAGCACAAAAUUCAAGCUGUAGAUGCAUAUAAUUGCUGGAAAUUCAGGAAAUGGACUUCAAAGGUGAAAAGGAAAAGGAAAAGAAAAUGAUAUAAGUAGUCAAAUUUUCUACCUUUUGGAUCAGACUGUCUUAAACUUUGGAUGCAAUCUCACUAAUUUCUGGGAAAUUAUGGAAAUGGGCUGUUUGUAUUUGUAAAAGGGAAAGAAAAUAUGACUGGUAACUGAACAUUGAUGAGGUUUGUUGAGGCAUUCAUGGCCUAUUUAAAUUUGAAAUUUAACUUGGUUGAUAAGUGAAAGUGGGUGAAGUAAAUGCCUUUGCAUUGGUCAGUUCUCUUUGCCGUAAAAAUUCAUAGGUUUGGUGUGCCCAUCAAUGAUUCAUCAUCAACACUAUUAUUGCUGAUUAAAUUUCAAAAGAAAUUACCACACUUUUGAGUUGUUGAAAUUUUAUUGUGUAUAUCACUGAUGAAUUUUAUUACUACUUACUAAUUUAGUCCUUGUUAUGUGUUAGAUUGACAAACACAGCAUAAUCACAAAAUGGAAAAGAGGCAACUAGAUUUCAAUGCACCACUUAUGUCUGCAAGGAGAUAUUCAUCACCUUCGAAAUCUUCCGAGCUAGUGAAACGGAAGGUGGUGGAGAGGCCACAGCCCUCCCGGCAGCAAUCUCUUCAACCAACGAAACCCAAAUGGGAAUGUGAGGAGGUGAUGAUGACAAAACCUGCUUCUGUUCCAUUUCACUGGGAACAUAUCCCGGGAAGGCCUAAAGGUGAAGCCGAGAGCCACUCACAUAUCCCUGAGGAGUCAACCACACCGCGCCUUCCUCCAGCAAGGGUAUCAGACGCCAUGAGGCGCAGCUCAGGCGAAAUCCCAAAGCUUCCUCCUGGCCGGUUAUCUGGUCCCUCGAGAUACUGUUCUGGUGAAAGAACGAACGAUCAGAAUGUUUACAGGUCCCAUGUUGACGCAUUUUCCUUUACUGAUCAUGCUAGUCUUUUGGAGAAAUUGAAUGAUAGUUUGAACUGUAAAGACGAUUCGGAUUCAGAGAGUGGGGAUGACGCGUAUUCAGAUGCACUCGACACACUCUCACUGACAGAGUCAUGGUCCUUCAACUACAGUGUGAGUGGGAUCAGUGGCUACAUGAGUUCUGGCGUGAAGCCGUCUGGAACCUUUUCUGUAGACAAACAAACUCGAGAUUUCAUGAUGGAUAGGUUCCUGCCAGCAGCCAAGGCCGUUGUUGUGGAAACGCCUGAAUACGCUGUGAAGAAGCCGGCGAAGGAAGCAGUUUCUAGGGAGAUGAAGUCGUCACUCAAGCAAUAUAGUUCGGAUGCAUUACCGUAUUACACCAAGUAUAUAAAUAGCAUGGAGAGUGAAGACGAGGAUCAGGAGUCAGUUGCUCCUCCGAGUAAAAAGUCUGGGAAAGCUUGGGGGAUCAUCCCUCGAUUUUGUGUCAAGAAUUCGCUGUGCCUUCUGAAUCCUCUCCCUGCAUUGAAGUCGAAGCCAAAGAGCCGGCCUCCCUCCCCUUCAACGCGUGAAGUGAAAAGAUUCACUAGAAAUGCACACAGUGGACCACUUGACAAGAAUGCUUGCCAGGUGGUACAAAAGACGAAAUUUCAUUCCGGAGUGCUGUCACGAGAUCUUCCAAGAAUCGACAAGUUUAGCAACCAGUACCUCAACUCCAGUGAUGCACACAGAUCAGCAGGAGUGUCUCCAUUGGGGCGCCAGCGAAGUGGCAACAUUUCUCCAUAUCGCAACGAAACCCCAAAGUCUCCAUUUCGCGAAGGAGCAGGGUUUCUUGGCGUCCCUAAAGAAGCCGAGAUUUUCAAUGCUAAGAUUGCUUCAUCCCGCAAGAUGUUCAGGGCCCUGCAAGAUGUGUCGAGGAAUCAGAUAAACGCAGCCCCUGCAGACUAUCCUGUGGAGAAAACAGUGCAUGUAGAUUACGUGAAGAAGAAAGAACUUCCCAGCACAAAUCCAGCUCCCAAAAAAUCUCAAGUUCUUGAUGCCUCCAAAGCCAACAGACCAAGUCCUAGAUUCAUACCUUCACCUAAGCCAGAAUCAAGAAAUGAAGCUCCUUGUGAAGUGGGGUUCACGAUGAAGGAAGUAGAUGAUAAUGGAAGAAUAGAGACAGAUCCUCCUCCGAGAUCUCCUUUACCUCCACCACUCCCAAAAUCUCCAUCGGAAUCUUGGCUUUGGCGUACUCUGCCUUCCAUCACACUAGGAAAUCCAUUUGCUAACUCGCGACGAGGCAGCCCUCUCCACUCCAAGAAACUGCAGGGGCAGAAGGCCUCACUCACCAACUCCAAAUGGGAGACCAUUGUAAAGAUUUCCAACUCCCGAAACGAUCAUGUCCGCUACUCAGAGGAGCUCGGGCAUCGUGCCUCUUACAGGCGGCCGAUGAAGUCGUAGGGAUCCACACAAUGAAUGCUCUUUGGAAAGUGUCUUGGCUUGCAGAUUUGCAAGACCUUCCAGAUCAUACUAAUUUUAUUGAGGAAAUACUACUAGUCAAGUUGAUGAGAUUUGAAGGGCAGUUGUUAUAGUUUUUUGUUAACCCUCUUUUUUGUAUGGUGGUGAGAUUAAGAUGAAGAGUGGUAUUGGUUUCUCCUAAUUAUCACAGAAAGUCCAUAUUUGGAUCGAUCUUCUGUGUUAAAGUUAUAUUUUUGUUUAACAAUAAAAGUUAUAAAUUACAAUUUUAUCAAAA